GGGCACCACAGGAGAGGGAUCAGCCUGAGCUGGACGCCUGGGGAGCCUCAGCCCGUGUUUUCCAGUUUCUCUACUCUGAUUGGUUUUCUGCCGCUGGUCCUGGAGCUGGCGCAAAAGCAUCCCGUCGCUAAUCCACCAGUGGACUCCUUCCAAGCCUCCUGUCCUCUGCUGUCAGCCUGCAGUGAGGCUGCCCAGCAACACUCCAUUUUGCCAGAGCAAGGAUGGGGGAAGUCUGCUGCUGGCCGGGGGCCGAGGCCCCUCAAAGAAGUGGACCAGCCCAGGAAGAGGCUUCUGGGUACACAGGUUGACAGGACUCCCUGGCCUCACCUGAGGCACAGGUUGAAGGGCCUCACCUGCAUGCCCAGCCUCAUGUUGCAGAAAAUCUGAGCUCUAGGGCCUGGAUCAUCCUUCAACUUGUCCUGUGCUCUGGCAGCCCUCCAGGUGUCUCCUUCUGCACAUACUAGGGAGUGCCACCCUGCCUGCCCCGAAGUCACUGCUGGGAUCUCUUCUCCAGGUGCCUGGUGAUGGCGGCCAUUCUCCUGAGGACAAGGCCCAAGGUCCCAAUAUCAUUUGAGGACGUGGCAAUGUACUUCACAAAGACAGAAUGGAAGCUUCUGGAUCUCAAACAAAGAAUCCUCUACAAGCAGGUGAUGCUGGAGAACUAUGGCCAUUUAGUGUCAUUGGGAUUUGCCUUCUCCAAGCCUCCCCUGGUGUCCCAGCUGGAGCGAGGGGAGGGGCCUUGGGUAGCAAACUCCCUUAGAGGCCAAGCAGAGGCAGAAUCACAUGCAGGUGAGAGGAUAAAGAGCAAGACAGCCAUUUCAAAACAGAAACGUUCUGGAAGAGGACUCCCAGGACCUGACUUUCAGGGCGGCAAAGGGGGCCAGGUGGCAGGGUCACCUCCCCAGCCAGGAGGCACCAAGAAAGUGUCUGCACAGAGAAGUCCCCGGGACUCUGUACACAAUCCGGUUCUAAGGCAACAGCUUUCCAAGGGCGUCGAGAAAAGGUACCUGUGUCAACAGUGCGGGAAAUCCUUCAGCCGCAGCUCCAAUCUGAUCAAGCACCGCAUCAUCCACAGUGGCGAGAAGCCCUUCUCCUGCAGCGAGUGCGGGAAGCUGUUCCGGCGCAGCUUCGCGCUGCUGGAGCACCAGCGCAUCCACAGCGGUGAGAAGCCGUAUGCGUGCGGCGAGUGCGGCAAGACCUUCACGCGCAGUUCCAACCUCAUCAAGCACCAGAUCAUCCACAGCGGCGAGAAGCCCUUCGCCUGCAGCGAGUGCGGGAAGCUGUUCCGGCGCAGCUUCGCGCUGCUGGAGCACCAGCGCAUCCACAGCGGCGAGCGGCCUUAUGCGUGCAGCGAGUGUGGCAAGGCGUUCAGCCGCAGCUCCAACCUCAUCGAGCACCAGCGCACCCACAGCGGCCAGAAGCCCUACACCUGCCCCGAGUGCGGCAAGGCCUUCAAGGGCGUCUCGCAGCUCAUUCACCACCAGCGCAGCCACAGUGGCGAGAAGCCCUUCGCGUGCCAGGAGUGUGGCAAGGCGUUCCGCGGCCGCUCUGGCCUCAGCCAGCACCGGCGCGUGCACAGCGGCGAGAAGCCCUAUGAGUGCAGCGAGUGCGGCAAGGCGUUUGGCCGCCGCGCCAACCUCUUCAAGCAUCAGGCGGUGCACGGUGGCAUACGGGCCUCCGAGCGCCGGGGCCGCGCCAAGGGGCUGAGGCGCGGCUGCAUGCUCCUUGAGCCGAAGCGUGGGCACCGAGGGCCGCGGCCCCAGGAGGGCGGCGAGAGCAGCUCGGCCGAGCCCCGGCGGAGCCGCAGCGGCCAGAAGCCCCACACGUGUGAGCACUGCGGCCAGGCCUUCGAGAGUAAGUCGCAGCUGAGUGGCCACAGGCACUCCCAUGGCGGCGAGAAGCCCCAGGCGGGCAGCCCGCGGGCGGCGGCUUUCGAGGGGAAGUCACUCGUUGAGGGGAGCGAUGGCGGCCACGGGGCCAGCGUUCUGGGCUCUGGGAAGACCCAGGGCAAAGUCUCUCCCUGAGGCCAAGAAACAGAGCACGACUCUUGAGUGGAAGGACGCGCCCUUCCCCAAGUGCGCUCUGUCCCUAAGGGUAGGGCGGGGAGGGGGGACAGGGGCCGUGGAUACUGAGAGACUGCACCCCGAGGCCUGGCCCAGCCUACCUGGGUACUCCUAGGCGCCCACGCACGCGUGCGGAGGCGCCGGCUGAGCUUUGUACAUUGCGGAAUUGCUCCCCCAUCCGCGGACAACUGCCUGCUGUGUGGAGGGAGGAGGCAGCGUCGCCUCGCCUCGUGCGAGGAGUUUACACGGUAAUGGCCCCCGUCCUCACUCCAGGGCGGGGCCAUUCGCCUCCUGCCAAGAGUUAGUGUUUCUGCGUAGAAGACACUACAAGCACUUUAACUCUUUCAGGGCGUAUUAAACGCAGAGAGCUCUGAAACUAGACUGCUGCUCCUAGGGAAGGCACGAGCCUACUAGCUAACUAGUAGCGCGGGAAAGCCCUGCAGGUGUGGGGAACCGUGGGAGGCUGUGCCCGAAAAUUCCGGUCCUGUUGGGCACCCCCUGCUGCUCGGAGGAGGAGCUGCACAUAGCCUCACUGCCUCUCAGAGGGGGGGGGUUUCUGGGAAAUGGCUGCCCUGCAUUCUACACAAAGGAUAAGACCGAGAGAGCCUAAGCUUCUCCUCUCUAGGAGAGGAGCCCUGGAUGGACCUCCUGUGGUUCCUCACAGGAGUGGGCUCUGAACAAGACAUGGCAACAUUUGUGCCCCCAUUGUCCUGCUGGCUUCAGUCUCCUCCCUGCCCACCAGCCCCCAGCUAAUGCCCUGUUGCCUCUGUCAACCAGACCCCAAACCUGUCUACCCAGCAAAGGCUGUCCUGGCCUCUCUGCCUACCCCCACACCCGCCAGUGCCUAAAGCUUUAAACUUAACUGCUCCUGAGUUGGAUCUGGGUGACAGGGCAGCUGCCUUUCACAUGACAUUUCUUAGAAUAUCCAAGGUGCCCUUGCUUGGAACGUUUUUGUAUUCAGGGAUAGUGUAAGUUGAUAAUGGAGAUUUUGGCCAUAUGAGAGUGCAGGGAAUCACUCCUUAAAUAAGAAUUCCCCAACCCCCUGACAAGACCUCAAGCAGGAGAAAGGGGCCAUCCCAGGCCCACAUCUGAUAAGGUGGUGGCAAGCCUGCGCCUCUUCUCCCCCCUUCAGCCCCAUGGAUAGGGCAGACCCUUCAGAAGGCACUUUAUGAAAUAUUAGGGGAGUUUUCAAGAGGAAAGCUUGCUACUAACUGGAGGCAGCUGCCAGCAGGCACUGUCCUGUUCUACCCACACUGUCCCUGGAGGCCUGGGAAUUCUGACCCCUUGGUAUUCUCAGCCCAGCAUCCUGGUCAGUUGACCACUCAUUCCAUCCUGCUACACUCCCAGGAGAGAGCCCCUCCAAGGGUGUGUAAGUGAUAGGUGUGGUGGAGGCCACCCAUGGGGACCCCAAGGAGGAGCAUGCACUUUCCUGCCAGACAGGGGAGGUUCAAAGACGUUUUCCUCCUGCCAGGAGAAUGUGGGAGGACCUAAAAAUCCAGGUUCCUUCCAAGGAUGCUGCUUGGAGUGCCAGUCAUUAAGACAACUCCAAAAAUUUCAUACAUGUAGACACACGCACAUGUAUAUAAGUUUUAUAUAUAUGAACUAUUUUGUGAAAGGUUCCAGAGUUCUGUAACUUAUUGUUGUCUCAAGGUGGCUUGUGUCCAGUGGCUCCCUAUUUCCUUGUCCUAUGAUUGCCUUCUUGUCUGUAAGCUGAUGCCCCAUAAGCGUACAGCUGUGUGCCAUGUUCAGCCUUGUUUCCUCUGUAACAGCCCAGGUCUGGCACUAGCAGAUGCGAGUGAAAUGGACUCUGCGCACUCAGCACAUUUUGCACUUGGGCUCAGUCUCGUCAGCUCCAGCCUCAUGUGGAGGCAAUCCAAAGCAUUUGCAACUUUAUGUUUUCCAGUAGGAACAUGUCUCUGAAGUUCCUGGUGAGGUAAUUGGCAUUUGGGUUUUUUCUGAGUCUCAGACAAUCUCCUAGGGCCUGCAGAGAUGCAGGGAACCAGUUCCCAUAUAGAGCAGGUAUCCUUAGCAGAAGGCUGUGUAAGGUCUCUGUCCCAUGUACUCUAAUGUCCAUUUCCAGUGCUCUGGGAAGGGAACUAUUCAGUUCCUACAAGCCGGACAGUCACCAACUUCUACUGGAGAAGAGCUGCCUCUCCCAGAACAGUGACAUUCCAUUGGUUCUAAUGUAUAAUAAGCUAAUUCUAUUUUUAACACAAGCACCUUUUUUUCACCUUAGUCCUACACCCUACAGAAAGCAUCAUGUGUAGCAUUUUCAGCAGAAAGUGGGUCUACCAGGAGAGAUAUAGGGCACUGCUCUCUGACUUUGAGUGCCCUGGAAAGCUCCAAAACCUCUAGUGCUUGCCUAGGUAAAUGAUGCUUAUAAUGGCAAGCUAGUCUUUUUGUUUCUCCUGUUCUCAGUGUAAUUUAGUUCCUGUUAAUUAGAUUUUCACUACAACUCAAAUAAGAGUAGUUUUUUCUUUCAGGUAGGGUAAUCAGGUAUGCAACACAGGUUUUGCAUGGAAUAAGAGAGGGAAGAGAGGGCCUGGAAAGGACUCUUUUUUUCCUUCUAUGGUGCCUGUAAAUUGGGCUCCAUCCCUUCUGCUGUGUGGGAGAUGGGGAUGAUUGCCCUUGCUUUUUGAGAGACAAAAGAGUGUAAAAGAUAAACUAUCCAGGAAAGUCCUGCUGCUUUCCAUUCCUUCCUCCAGCUGCUCCCCCUCCCCAGGGUCUUUCCUGGAUGCCAAUCUUAGGCCCCUUCCCCUUUGGACCAUUUGCUCUUUGAAACUUUGAAUAAAUGCUUUCCCAAGAGGUGUAUACAUACUGUGGCAGUAUCUCCAUGCAACUGGUAAGUGGUCCUGGCUGAAUUUGUUGUGAGAUGGGAUUGCUUCCACUUCUUUUGGCUGCAAAUAAAGAAGUUCUACAAGUGUUGGCCUUGAAAGAAGCCCUCUAAUAGGUAGGGGCUAUUUUGAAUGUUUAAACAGGCAGUUGGGUUAAAGUUUUUAGGAAAAGCCUUCACCAGGAAUCUGAGAAGAGCCCAGAGCCAGUGUUUUGGUAACCUUUGGGUUCCCUGGUGCAUGGAGCUCUGUCUGGGGUCCUACAACAGAGUAUAGACUCCUCUGACUGGGUUAUGGACAGCCAACUAAAGCUGGUUGGAUACCAUGACUGCAACCAGGAAGGGAGAUUUGGCCAGCCUGGUAUGUUCCUUAACAAGCUGCCACAUCACCUCCUGGAGAAUAGCAGCUCUGGCUUUGGCAAUUUCUGUUGCCAGACUUCAGGCAACACAGCAUGGCAGAAUCCACACCCAUAAGUGAGAGUGCCCAGCUCUUCAGACAGGAAGUAGAAGUAGAGGGACUUCUGUUGUGGAUUUGUUGAGAAGUGCUUGAAUUGGAACAGGUGAAGGAAAGGAGAGUGAGCAUUUGGUAUGUUGGGGGAACCAUGAAAGGCUGAGGGAUUUCUCCAGGACUGUUCUAGGUUUAAGGUCAAUUAGACCUCAAGUGUGGAGAGCUUAGGAUGCCACACUCCAGAGUGUGGCUUUAGCUGGUACUAGGUGAGGAGCAGGUUUUCAAAACAUGAGUUAUUCUGUGAUGGAAGAAGGAAAAUUAAUGUAAAUUAUAGCUGCUAUAGUAAUUGACAUCUUAACAACCACCAAUGUUGUAAAGUGUAAUCUAUACAAUAACUAUCCAGAUGAUAGUUCUUAAGUCUGUGAGGUGUGACAUGGUUCUGUAUGGCUCAAGUCCACUGUGCAUGAAGAGGUAAUAUAAAAGGGAAGCAUAGUAGGGGCCACCACCACAUUCCUCAGGAGUUCCCACUUGCCAUGGUAUUUGUAGCUGGUUUGUCUUUUGCUGGCCCCAGUAUAACUAUGACUUCACAAUAACAGACCCUCCAGGAUUCCUGGACAGCUUUUCAGAAGAUCCUUAUUUUUAUGUUAGAAGUACCAUCAAGUUCAAGGCCUUGGGCAUUUGUGAAUGGCACAGUGCCUUCUUUUGUGUCUAGGAAGGUUAAACUCGGUCCUUUUCCACCAACUAGGAACUUUCAGGCUGGAAAUGAAGGCUACUGGGGGUUCUUGGUUUUUUAACCCUUCUUUGACAACUUAUGGAGAUAUAAUAGGCAUAUAAUAGUCUACACAUCUUUAAAGUGUACGAUUAGAUGGAUUUUGACAUGUGUGUUUACCCAUGAAACCAUCCCCACCAUCAAGACAGUGAACAUAUUCAUCACCCCCCCCAGUAAUGGCCUUUGGCCCCAGUAGCCCCUCCUUCCUGCUCCUCCCUACCCCCAUCCUUAUAAUCACUGCUCUACUUUCUGUCACUAUAAAUUAAUUUGUACUUCCUAAAGUUCUAUAUAUAAAUGGACUCUAUACAGUAUAUGUCUUUCAAAAUUCCCUUUUUCCUAUCUGUAUAUCCAGUUUCCCCAGUAUCAUUUGUUGCAAAAAUAGUUGUUCCCUUGGUGGAAUUGCAUUGGUGCCUUUGUGGAAAAUCAGUUGUAUGUAUGAUUGUGAAUCUGUUUCUAGAGUCUUCAUGCUGCCACAUCAGUGCUAUGGAUUGAAUAUUUGUGUCCCCACAAAAGUCAUGUGUGUAAGCCCUAUGGCUGGUGUUAGGGAGGUGGGAUCUUUGAGAAGGUUAGGUUUAGAUGAGGUCAUGAGGGAGGGGCCUCCAUGAUGGGAUUAGUUCCCUAAAGGUAAGAAAUACCAGUGUCCUCUCUCCAACAUGUAAAGCUACAGAGAGAAUGAAGCUAUGUUCCAAGAGUCAAAUGUGACAGCACCUUGAUCUUGGACUUCCUAACCUCCAGAAUGAUGAGAAAUAAAUCUAUUGUUUAAGCUUCC